AUCAUCAUCAACUUCUUCUUCUCAUCUUUCUGUCGCUUUCUUUUUUAUCCACGAUUCAAUCUUUUCUGAAUAUUUUAAAUCUAUCACUGAUUGUUUUCUUCAUUCUAGGUUUUCUAAAUCAGAUUCCCUACUUUGCUUCUCUCUUCUUCUUCGCAUUGAUUGUACGGACAUAGCGAUCUCUGCUCUCUCUUCUUUUUGAGAAUAUAAAUUAGGGUUAGGGUUUCAUUCAUUUUGUUUCUAGCACUCAAACGUGGAGUAUAGUUCUUGUUAGAUAGUAUGGCACAAACGUCUACAGCAGGCUUUGCUUAUCUCUCCGCUCUUACCCAACAAAUUCAGAAAAAACUCCAAAGCGUCAGAUUCUUUUGUGUCUUCAUUUUCAAUCUAUUGCAUGCUAAGUUGUGGACAUUAGGCUACUUUCAGAUUUAUGUGUCAAUUUGAUAAGUUAAUGUAAAAUGUUUUGUUUUUGCAGGCGAUAGUUUCUCAAGAUCAAAGACUUAACUUGUUGCAAGAACUAUUUGCAGAUAUAGCUCUAGAAGUUGAUAUUCGAGCAUGAGGUGAGUUCUAUGUUGUUUGCUGGGACAGUUUAGGGGUUUUUAUUUUUGUUCAUUGUAAAAUUAAGUUGUAAAAUUGAACAAUAAUACACCUCCUCAAAGUUAUACUAGCCAAGUACUCAUCCUGAGAAUUAUGAAUUUUCACUUGUGCUGGUGUCUGAUUUCCAGCUCUUAAACUUAUAUUAAGCUACGGAAACACGGACAAUGAUAUUAACAACCUAACAUUUGAAGCCUUAGGUCAGUGUUUAGUUAUAUAUCCUCUCCUUUUUAUAUGCGAAUUUCGACUUCCAUUUGAAUCAGUAUUUAGAAAUUUUUGAACUUAGUUACCUGUAGGUCCAAACAUGUAAGACCUAUUUGGUUAGGGUUGUUCUAUGCAAGAAAUUACCUUGGAACCUAUGGAAGGUUCAUUGAAUCAUUAUGUGUACGAAUUACAGUAUAAGUUUCGUGUAUAAGAUUAUUUCUUUUCAAAAUGAUACUGGGAGUGUUCCUAUAUGAAUACAAUGGAACUGCAAACAGAUAUAGUUCUUAACAAGGAUGCAGGGGUGAUUUCUCCACUAGAGGAUGAUAUUGAAACUGAUAACCAUUUGUGCAUUUAUGAUGUGCUCGCUGAUCAUUACGUUAAGGUUCCCGAGAAUGGAAAACCCAUCCUUGAUUUGAUUGUGCAACUCUGGAGUCAGUCAUUUGCAUCUCACAUAUUUUCCCUCCUUUUCCAUAAAUGGCUGUUCGAAGUUGAAAUUGAACAUACAGAAGUCCGCCUUUGUUCUUCAUCUGCUCUUGUAGAAGGUGCUUCAAAUGUCUUUUGGAUUGACAUCCAGACAAAUAAGAGGCGUUUCUUCUCUUUGUUCUAUCAUCUUCCUGAGGAUGUUGCACUGGUCCCCAAACGUCUAAGCAAAAUUCUGGUGCAGGCUCAACGAGAUUUGUAUCUUCUACUAUCCAGGUUUAUAUUCUUUUACAACUUAGUAUGCAGAUGCAGGCUCGAAACAUUUUUGAACCAUUAUCAAGUUUUCCCCAAUGCUUUUCUGGUUGGUGGUCGCGCAGAUUUUUUCGUUAUUGAGCUAACUGAUCAGGUCAGUAGGUACCCGCGUCAUCUCAUAAGCAUGUUCUUUAGCAUCUCAUAAGCAUUAAAGCAUGGUAUUGGCCUUCUUCCUGCUGGAAUUUUAUAUUAGAAUGCAUUACAGCUUAUUCUCUAUUGAGGUAUGUCUUCUCUGGUUGGGAGAAGCUGAGGAGACCAAAGAGGCAAAGACCACAUAGAAAGCAAUUUAAUCUUUCCGAGAUGUAUAGAACAUGCCUUCAUUUUUUGAAUGGCCACAACAUGCGUGAUACCUCCAUGAUGUAUUUCUUGUGUAUGUUUUAUGUUUCGCUUAUCCUUGUGAUGUAUUUCUAGAUAUAUCCGUGAGCUUCCUGGUAACCUGACUAUGAGAGACGAUUCUGGGUUAUUUUGCAAAUUGUUUGAAAUACUGUUGUUCUUGUGUACUGGUUACAUAACUGAAAGGCAAGGCCCAGUUGGUUCUAUGCUAUAGAGUA